AAUAAUGUUGGUUUAUCCAACCAUAAAGAGUAUACAUAGAUUUGGUUCAGACCUGACCCUUGUGCAGAGGCUGAAAUCAUCAAGAUUGCUUUUCUUUUCUUUUUUUUAGAUUUUAGUCCUUUUUUUUUUUUUUCUUUUCUGUAUGGGGAUUGAACCCAUGACUCUAUCCCUGCCAGGCAGGUGGUUACACCACUGAGCUAAAUUCCCAGCCCAAGUUUUUAGUCUUUCGAGUUAAGAUCUCACCAUGUAGUUCAGGAUGGCCAGCCUUGAACUCACUGUAUAGCCCAGGCUAGCCUUAAACUCAGGGCAAUCCUCCUGCCUCAGUCUCCCAAGUGCUGAGAUUACUUGCAUGUGCCACCCCCCUGGGCAAAAUUGCUUUUUACUCUCUCCAAACAUGCAGUGCUGUUUCCUCUGAGGGCCUCUAUCCUGGGCUGUCUGUGCCUUCAGGGCUAUAUUUUCAGGUACUUGCACACCAUAGGACAGACAACCUUGGUCUCAGCACUCCUAGUCAAAGUCUCAUUGGCUAAAGUUGAGCCCAAAACACUGCAACAAAGAGGAGCUGGAGAAAUGUGCUAAGGUUCUGACAUUCACUUUGGUCACGUGCCCCAGCCUGAGUCAGGUUACCCAACUCUGCAAGCAGUCUGAGUGGAAGAGAGAGAGAGCCAAGAUCAGAGCAUAAGUACUAGGAGAAAAAGGAGCAAUUGCUGGACACCAAAAGCCACACCUGUCCAUGGCACUAGGAAGAUCAGGGAAGCUGAAGGUGACAGUGGAGAAAGUAAAAAGUAAAAUCCAGUGAUCUUCUUAGUUAUUCAUGUAUUGGUGCUGGGGAUUGAGCCCAGGGCCUUAUGCAAAGCACAUGCUUUAACACUGAGUUACACACCCAGCCCUAUAGUUAUCUGCUGUACUUACUAAGAAUGGUGGUUAUAAUGCCCCCCUUUUGCUAUAUCUGCCCAGCUCUCAACCUCCACCUCUGGAAGUUGCCCUCCUCAGAUAUAAAAGGAUCGAUUCCUAUGACUAAGGAUGUUCAGUGUGAUAAAACACAUUUGUUAUGGAUUAAGAACUGGUGGUCAACAAUGUCAGCUGGAUUACACCAGCAGGGCACUGAGCGUAGACGUUCUACCUGAGGAAAGAUGCCAGCAUAAAUAGAGAUGUGGAGAAGGAGAAGCUAUUGGGUUGAGGCACUGUGGGUUCUCCUAUGUGUGGCUGUUUGAGCCGCUGGUUCUCCUGGAGAAGCUCUGGUCCUCACAUCAAGCAUUGCUUCCUGGCUCUGGAGGGGAAGACGUGUGCUGCUUGGUCUCCAGGAUGAACUCGUCAUGCUGGCUUCCUGGCAUGUACUCAAUUGUGCUUAUCGUCAGAGGAGCUUGGGGCUUCCGUGUCACUAAGGAUGACUGUGGUGCCUUUCAGGACAUCCCAGGUCUUUGUUGUGAGUGUGAUUUCUCGGCUCCAGCAUAGAACCCUCAUCCCACCAGCACAGCUCCUUCACCCCACUGGCAUGGACUUUCUGGCUUCCACCACUGACCAUUAGGCCUUCCUGGCACAGAUCCAUAAAACAGAUUGGUCUGCUCUCAUAUCUGUCACUCUUCAGUCCCGGGGAAAGAAACACUUCUGCACAGAAACAGCUGUUCUCAAGGCCACAGGAGCUCACAGGGUGCGUCCCUGAUGCAAGAGAUAGGCGCUGUUUGGAGGGCAAGGAGAUCUGGGUGGUGAAGACACCAAGGUAUGUCACCCUCGGGCAGGACUGCUUGGUGCAAGGCUUCCUUCCCCCAAGGAGACCCAUGCUGACUGGCCAUGCUGACUGGACUCACUGGGCUCCCAGAGUGGGCAGCAAGCAUUGUGGAGGAAGCCAGGAUCACUUCUGACAGGUUGAGGGUCUCAGGGAAUCUCAGCCAAUUGCUCUGGGCUACUCCCUAAGUGCGCCUCCAGCGGUUUAUGGGGCACUGUCCUGCCCAGCUCUGCUAAAAUGCUCCUGGCCUCGCCCUCCACCCCAUCCAGGGGACGGACCCCCAGCGCAGUGGAGAGGCUGGAGGCCGACAAAGCCAAGUACGUCAAGACGCACCAGGUGAUAGUGCGGCGCCAGGAACCCGCUCUGCGGGGGACUCUGGGGCCACUCACCCCGCACGUGUGCAAUGAGCUGGGUUCCCCUACAUCGCCCAGGACACCCGGACCCGCCCGCCGGGGCAGCGGCAGGCGACAACCAAGGCCAGACUCCCUCAUCUUCUACCGCCAGAAGCGGGACUGCAAGGCUUCGGUGAACAAAGAGAACGCCAAGGGCCAGGGGCUGGUGCGCCGCCUCUUUCUGGGCGCCUCCCGGGACAACGCCCCGAGCAGCCCUGGCCCAACCGAGCUACCGGCAGCUCCCGGGGCUUGGGCGGCGCCCCAAGAUGUCGCGGAGACUGCGGGAAAACGGCCGCUGUGCCCCACGUGUUCGCUGCCUCUGUCGGAGAAGGAGCGCUUCUUCAACUACUGCGGCCUGGAGCGCGCGCUGGUGGAGGUGCUGGGCGCCGAGCGCUUCUCUCCGCAGAGCUGGGGCGCCGACGCCAGCCCCAAGGCCGGAACGUCGCCGCCACCUGGCUCCGGGGACACCAGCGACUGGACAUCCAGCGAGGGGGGCGCGGGCAGCCCGGACUGUGCGGCCGGCGCGGGCGGCGGCUCGGAGGCGGCUGGCUCUGCCCGGGAUGAGCGGCCCCCGGUGUCGGUGGUGGAGCGCAACGCGCGCGUCAUCCAGUGGCUGUACGGCUGCCAGCGCGCCCGCGGCCCGCCGCGCGAGUCCGAGGUGUGACCGCCGCCGCUCGGGAGGCGGCUCCGGGAUCGCUCGGCACGCGGGGCUGGACCACGCGCACGGCGAGCUGGGCAAGCCCUUCCUCGGGGUCUCCGUUGCCCUCUCCGAACCUCGGGAGGAGAGGUAGGACACAAUGAGCCCGAAGUCCCUCCCAGCGCGGGCGGUGGAGAGGGACGGAGCGGCCUCGAGACCCCUGCGGAGGAGACCGGGUCUGGGGAACGCUGAUUAAAAAAGAGAGAGCUGUGCAAACCUACUGAAUAAAGCUAAAACGGUAUUUAAAUGGGUCUUGAGUUUGGAUUUGGGGGCAGGUGUUGAGGAAGGGGGUGGUGAAGGGUGUGGGUUUGGAGAGUGGGUCUCAGGCUGAAACCCUGGGCAACUACACAGCCUCUCUGAACCAAAGCUGCAGCCCUCGGCUGUUAAAGAGGGGACAGGGUAGUAGAUAAGUAAAAUGUCUUGAAAUUAUUGUAAUGCACGUGGCAGUGUGCCUGGAAUAUACAAAGUGCUCAAUAAAGAAUGGCUGCUUUGACUACUACGAAUUUAGUACUAA